AUGGCGCUUGGCCUGAUUGUAUGGCCUAUACUUCGGGCCAUAUUGGUACUGUUGUUUGCGCCGUCAAUACUAAGUCAGACACCUCUUGAGUUAAGUGAAGGAAGAAGUUCGGAUAAUUAUAUUCAGAGCUUAUCUGGCGAUCUGCGCAUGGAAGAUAUUAUGCACCAAAUUAAUCGUCUCAAACGAGCGACGAAGAAUUAUCAGCAAUCGAGUGUCGUUCUGUCAACGAACGACACUGGCCGAUGUGUGGUCAGUGCUGACAAAGCUAGCCAUUACUGCGGCGACAUCGAAGUGACAGCACCGCCAUUUCCUCCUCCCGAAGCUGGUCAAUGUCAUUUUUCAAGUGAAAGUAGUCGUGAGAUUUGUUGGCCAAGAUAUGAGGACUUGGACACGACCUGCACAGAUAUAGGAAAUGGUAUGGUCUCGGCACCCGCUGUCAAACAUGCUGCUAUUCGUGCUAUGGCAUUCGUACCGCCAGAUAAUCUCCGGCGUCUUGUACGACAGUAUUACCGACAAAAAGGUUUAUCUGUUCCACGAAAUACAACAUUUAGUAAGAAUUCAUUCUUAUUUGCAUUAUAUGAAUGCGAUGACGGAUACGAAUUUGUGGAUGAGGUGAACUCUAUGUUUUGUAUCAACCGUCACUGGGUUAUAACACCACCAAAAUGUCGCGGAAAAGGUAUGUGUGAAAUAGAUAACGGUGGAUGUAGUCAUUCUUGUCUAUCAAUUGAAGACCGAAUAGAAUGUCGCUGUCCACAUGGACUGGUUCUUGGUAGCGAUCAGAAAACUUGCAUCAAACCGAUCCCGAAGAAUUUAUGCCGCAUUCUUAACAGUUGUUCAUGUACCGCUAUUAAUGAAAAUCAGUAUUCAUGCACCUGUCCAAAAGGAGAAAAAUGCUUGCUGCUUCGCGGUCGGCCAAAAAUUUAUAUUGAACCAGCAGCGCCGUAUGAAAUAACUCCGGGCGGAAAUUUAAACAUUACAUGCUCAGCAGUUUCACAUCCAUUUCCGCAAAUUUUUUGGCAACGAGGUGAUGAAGCAGUUGAUAUUGCACCUGUUAAACCAGGAACUGUUCGAAGUGAGCAAAUUCUGAUCAUCAAAGAGCUCUACAAAAACACCCAAUUCACUUGUCAUGCCAAUAAUUCACUUGGAAAGACGGAGCGCACAAUCGAAAUUGUUGUCACUGGUCCCGGGUCAGCACCAAUAAUUCGCGGUAUUGAUGCUGGUCGUUCAUCAGUUUAUGUUCGUUGGGAUCCACCAGUAAUUGUGAAUAGACCAGUAACUUCAUAUACAGUUUAUUAUACAAAUAAUGGUAAUCAGCCAAUCAAAAACUGGAAGAAAGUAAAUGUUGAAGAACCAGAUCGUGAGGUAACGAUCAAGGAUCUUCGGCCAAAUACGCAAUACUUUAUCCGCUUACGGGCAAACGAUAAACUAGGCCCAGGACGUCUCUCAAAUCCAGUUUCGCUUAACACACGUAGACCAGCAGUACGCCCACAGCUGUUCAUUCAAGAAGGUGAUACGAUAUACGUCGGACCAUUAAAGAGGUUCAGCAUCAGUUGUAAUGUAACACGCGGAGAUCCAUCACCUAAAAUUGCUUGGUAUACGAGAGCUCGACCAAUCAAUAAAUCGCAGAGGAAAAAAUUUAUAACAAUGGAGCACGGCGGUCUAUAUGAAAGUACAAAUUUCUCAUGUGUUGCUGAAAACGAUGCUGGUCGAACAACAAAAAGAAUACAAGUCAUUGUAACUGGACCGACAUCUCCCGAACGGAUACGAUAUCAAAUUCAUGGCAAUAAUGUUGAUUUGCAGUGGGAACCACCGCGUAUUACAAAUGGACAAUUGAAAGAUUAUGAUGUGUUAUACACAGACAAUCCGAAAUUGUCAGAUGAAUAUUGGGAAGUUGUAAAAACUGGAAAUCCAGAUGCACGUUCUUUGCGGAUAUCGAAUUUGAAAGAAAAAAGAGACUACACGUUCAAAAUACGAGCACACAAUGAAUUGGGUCCCGGCCUUUUCAGCAAUCAGUUUACUCUAACAACUUGGCUUGCAGCUCGUCCGCCAAUUGUAACAAUCACGCCUGCUGAAAAGGUAGUGAAAGAUCCAAGCAAUGAGGAACUCAUUUUUGAGUGUGAAGCGAUUGGUGUGCCGAGACCAAAGAUACUUUGGCUAUGGAGUGGUGGUUUGGUCGAAGAUGGGAAGAAUGAAUUUCGUAUUUAUGAUGUGACACCACCAGACGCGCAAAAUCGAUCUAACAGCAAGCUAAUUGCUGAGAAGACAAAUCGGGCUGGAGUAGCCACAUGUCAAGCUGUCAAUCCUCAUGGUUCGGAUGAAAAACAUACUGAAGUGAAAAUUGUUGGACCUGGAAGUCCACCUCGCGAUAUCUCAACAAUUCCAUUUACAAAUGAUUUUAAAGUCUCUUGGAAUCCACCAAAAUAUCCAAAUGGAAAAAUUAUACGUUAUAUUAUUUACUACACGAAGAAUCCGGAUGACCUGUUGGGAGAUUGGGAAAAAACAGCUGUAGGUGGUGAUCAGCUGGAGGUAACUGUAUCAGCUGAUGAGGAUACCCCAUACAAUGUGCGGGUACAAGCUGUUACUAAGGACGGUCCUGGUAUCAUAUCAGAAGCGUAUGAUGUCACUACUGGCAAGAAACCAGUUCCGCUUUCUGUAAAACUGGUUAUAUUGGAUCCUCAAGUAGAGGACGGUAGUACGGAGACAGUUGUUGAGCCGCUAAAGACAAUUAUAUUUAAGUGUGAUGCAAAAGGAAGACCAGCACCUCAAAUUUCAUACACUUGGCUUCCAUUCAAUGAAACUGAAAGCGGGCAGGAACCAAUAUCAAUCCCAGCUUAUUCUGAUCCACAAGAAGCCCACCGGUACCAUUCAUUGGAUGUGAACACUAACACGGCUACUAAGCGUGCGCUAAUGUGCAAUGCUCGAAAUAUUGAUGGUUCCGAGAGCGACCAGCACAUUUUCAAUGUCCUCAAACCAGGCAGCCCGCCAGAAAAUAUUCAAGCAAUCAUUGAUCUGGAUAAUCGUGUUACAAUGUCGUGGCAAGAACCGAAAUAUCCUAAUGGACCUAUUGUAAAAUAUAAAGUGUAUUUGACAUCUGAUCCGAGUGAACCGAUCAAUCACUGGAACAUUUAUGAUGUUGAACCGAGUGAAGAACCACGUCUGGUCUUGGAACGUGGUAAAUUGCAGCCAGAAACACCGUAUUAUAUAAAAGUUGUAGCAGUCGGUGAAAAAGGCGAAGGUUUACAAUCUGAUAUCAUUCUCUUCGAAACAGUCAGUGGAGCACCAAUUGAUGAACCUAAGAAUGUACUAGCAACAGUGGAACGGGAUAAUACUAUGGAUAUAUCUUGGACAGGACCAAGUGUUCCUAACGGUCCCAUUCAGGCUUAUACGGUCUACUUCACUCCGUUGGAUCAGUAUCAAACAUCUGAUGAUGCAUACAAACAGUGGGAUAAAAUUGUUGUUCAAAGUAGCGAAAAUUUUGGAACCUUACGCUUGAACAAAGAUAUCUACGAUAUUUUGCCCAAUAAAUUGUACCGAAUUCGAGUAUCUGCAACUAAUGAUCUGUCAGAGGGUCCGGCAAGUGAACCUAUAACAAUCAGAACCGAAAGUGGAGAAACACCUCCGGUAAUACAUCUGGAACCGAUUGAUAAUCCUCUUACCGUAGCACCGUAUGGUUCGAUAUCUGUGCGAUGCACUGCAACAGGAAUACCGCCACCUAUCAUCAUGUGGAUUAUUGGUACAAAUGCUAGUGAUGUCAUACGAGGACCAAUUCUUCAGUUAACCAAUCUCCGAAAAGAUGAAACUGUAACUUGUAAGGCUGAAAAUAAUGCUGGACAAGCUCAGGAAGUGUUGCAAAUACUUGUAGCCGGACCUGGAACUCCACCAAAUGAGAUUGUCGCUUUUCCUCUAGAAAAUCAACAAGCAAGCAUAGAAUGGACAACGCCUGACAGUCCGAACGGGAGAAUUACGGAUUACAUUAUUCAUUACGGAGAAGUUUUUGAUGGAGAAGCUCUUCCACGUGCCUGGGAAACUGUACAUGUGUCGGCUGAGGAACCCCAAAAGCAUCGUCUUGUUGGAUUAAAACCAAAAACUAGUUAUGCGAUUCGAUUGCAAGCGAUGAGUGAUCGUGGACCGGGUGUUUUAUCUGAUCCGAUCAAAAUAACAACGCUACCAUUAGCGCCUGCUAUUGUUCAACUAUCUGAUAUAAAGGUCCAUGAAAAUAAUACGGUCGCUAUCCAGUUUGAUGCACCAAGAGAUCCCGAAGAUCCAGGAAAACCCAUCAAGGAAUUUCUUAUUCAUUACACGGAUGAUGAUCCAUUGAGUGAAGAUGCAGAAUGGAAAGAAAUGUUUUGGACGGAACCAGAUGAUGAUUUUUCAGUUAGCAUCCCUAUCGGCGGCGAGCAUUUCAAGCCUGACACCAAGUAUUCAAUAAAAUUAAUAGCUCGCGGUGAAAUCGAUAGCCCGCCGUCGGAACCGAUUGUUUUUCAGACCGGAGAUGGAAUUGUACCACCGGAGAAACCACAAAUCAAUGUUGAUGCACCAGAUGACGUGAUACGUGUACCAGCUGGUAGCGAUUAUACUGUUGGCUGUUCAUCAACCGGAUUUCCUAUUCCAAGAAUUUUCUGGGUUAAUAAGGAUGAGCAGCCUCUCAGUGAUGGACCGAUGCUAAGAUUGCAAGAUGUGAAGGAGACCGUAAAAGCAAAAUGUGUUGCGGAAAAUGAAGGUGGACGAACUGAAACGCCUUUUGAAAUUUUUGUUACUGGUCCUGGUAAUGCUCCAAGUAACAUUCGCUUGAAUUCAGUAAGACCACGUACAAUUCAUAUUGAUUGGGAUCCGCCAACCAUACCCAAUGGAAAUAUUACUCGUUAUAUUAUUUAUUAUACUCCAUUGGAUGAUCAGAAUAUAGUUUAUCAAAUGGGGCAAAUCCCGAAAAAACCAAUAACUGAAUGGAUGACGUCCCAUAAAGAUAGCGAGCCACUGAUUGGGGCGUCACAAAGAGCCGACCUAAUAGAUUUUGUUGAACCUGAUACUGCUUAUGCUGUAGUACUACAAGCUGUCAAUCAAGAUGGACCUGGGCCGUAUUCUGAACAGCAUACCAUCCGAACGAUGUCACGAGCUCGAGAGGGUCCACCACUUGAUCUAAAGGUUGAACCUGAAGGUCAGCGAUCGGCAAAUGUUGAAUGGCACAGGCCAAUUACUAGCGAACAAUUACCAAUUGGCUAUGAAUUAUAUUACAUUAAAGCAGACGCUAAAAUCUGGGAAGACGAUUUAGCUAGCAUCGAUGAUUGGAGCAUGAUAUCAAUAACGGAAAAAGAUGAAGAUAGAUUGUACUAUAAGAUUGAUGGAUCGCUUGAACCAGACACGGAGUACGUGUUUCGGAUGCGUGCUGUUUAUCCAGAUGGGCCGGGAGUAUUCUCCGAUGCUUGUAUUACCAAAACACUACCAGACGGUAACGCCCCGUAUAUCCUCAUUUCGAACGGUGAGCACGGAGUAGAAGGUAAAACAGAAAUAACGAUCCUUCCGGGUUCAGCACUCGACCUCUCAUGUAAUGCAACAGGACAGCCUCGUCCGGCAGUUAAAUGGAUCCGCUCCGGAUAUUACCCUAUUGAUCCUGCUUGGGUAAAAGCAGACGAGAAAUACGCUAUAUGGUUUCUGAAAGUAUCUAAUAUUACCGAAGAUACGUCAUUCAAUUGUGUUGCCCAAAGUCCGCUUGGUUUUGCCAAUUGGACCAUCAGUGUUCGUCUUCUUUCAGAUCUUCGACCAACUUGGAAAAAUGAUUUCUUAGUUGCGAAGAAUGAGGACGGUGAAGUGGCGGUACACUUUACAGACGAUCUACCGGAUUAUCUUAAGGGAUCGCAAAACCCUUGGAAUAUCUACUGGACUGACAAUCCAUCAAAACCUUUCGAAACUUGGAAUUUAAUUCCAUCUAACGGGCGUCCCUUAGAUCGUAUAGCUAUCCCAGAAAUGGAACCUGGUGCUAAGUAUCACUUGGUGAUCGAGCAGCCAUCUGCUGGGAUCAAAACACCGGUCUUCGACAUAAUGACUCCAAAGGCAGCUAGCGACAUACGGGUUGGAACUGAUAUUAACGGCGAAACAGUGCUAGAUUUCAAGCCAGCACUUGCUACGGAACCUAUCAAGAAAUACAUUAUCAAAUACUGGCCGGAUAGCAAUCCAUCGGCUGUGAUGUACAUGGAAACACCAGUCAAUGUUACCGAUAAGAUUGUGCUAGAUGGCUUGCAGCCUGAAAUUGACUAUAAUUUUAUGGUUACUGCAAAAUUUGACGACGGCGACAAUCUUGCAAGUGAACCAACUAAAAUACGUACACCUUCCGAAGAUAUCCAAUGCCACUGUGCACAUGCCUGCAUGUUUGAAGAAGAUGAGGAAGGAAUGAUAAUAGCAUCAUGCUAUUGUCAUAAUGGUUUUAAACUUGCUGAUGAUAAGAAAUCAUGUGAACCUAUAGAAGAAGAUGAGGAAGGGAGCAUUGUGCAGGUUACUCCACCAACACUGAUUCCUGAAUCUGAGCAUCCGAAGGAACUGACCACCAUGCCAACUCUUUUUAAUGAUUUAUUAUCAAAGUCGGAGAAAUUUGAUAAGGAGAUGGAAAUUCUGGAACCAAAGGAGCUUGCAAAAAUCAAGCCGUCACAAACCGAUGAAUUCGGACGAGCUAUUUGGCAGGAUGAACAACUGGUAACUACGAGUAGAGAAUCGGUUAGUGAUGGUUUUUCCCUAAUAUCAACCGAUUCUAGUCAGCAAGAUCGUGUUUUGUCGCCAGUUGUUGGCUUUGAUGGUGCGCCCUUGCCUACGGAUGAAUACGGUCGCGCAGUGGAUAAUCUCAGAAAUCCAAUUAUCUGGGACAAUGAAGGCCGCCCGAUAGGCCCAAAUGGUAUUCCUUUACGUCGCAACUACAAAGGAGAAUACAUAUAUCCAGUUAUUGGAAAAAAUGGACAGCCGUUGCCCACUGACAUUAACAUGAAACCCAUUUAUCCCAUAGUUGGACCAGAUAAUCAGCCGUUUCGGAAAAACCAGGAAGGUAUGCAUAUCGAUCAGUAUGGUCAAAUAAUCCCAACAGAUACCUCUGGACGUCCAAUUAGUGUUGAUGGGUCACCUUAUCCAACUGACGAAUACGGUCGAUACAUUGUGGAUUCGGAAAAUGUCAUUCAACAAGUUGUACCAACGGAUGAACUUGGACGUGUUAUCUAUCCUGUUUUUUAUCCAGAUGGAAUAUUGCUAGCAACAGUAGACGAUGGUCGAUUUGUUAACGAACAUGGACACCUCAUUCCAACCAAUGAUGCCGGAUUGCCAGUUAAUGAAAGAGACGAAGUGUUACCGAAGGAUUCUGAAGGGAAUUUUGUUUAUGUAGGCAAUUACAUUUUACCGACUGAUUCUAAUGGACAACCUGUAAAGGUACAAUAUAACGGGAGGUUUCUUAAGAGCGACAAAAUGGGACACAUUAUUGGUCCUAAUGGGCAGUUAGUGGUAGUCAAUGAUUACGGAUAUCCAAUCGACGAGUCUAACACUGUGUUUUCAACUACUUCUGAUGGCAUAUUUGUAUUACCAGUAACUGAUGGAAAGGGUAUGGUAGUUCCAGGAACGGAACAAAAAAAAGGAGUAAAACGACUUCUUAAUAUUGUCGGACCUAAUGGCCAUUUGCUACCGACUAUGGAAGAUGGUACUGUUUUAGAUCCUUUUGGAAAGACCAUACCAACGAAUAAUAUUGGGGAACCAGUAAAUUAUCGUAAUGAACCGCUACCAACUAAUAGUGAAGGACAGGCUAUUUAUCCAAAGGAUGGUUUGGACUGCCCACUACCUCCAACAGACCGACAUGGAAGACCAGUUUAUUCAGUGGUCGGACCAGAUGGUAGGCUUCUUCCUCGAAAAUAUGACGGGGCUGCAAUUGAUCCAGAUGGCAACCUACUUCCAACUAAUGCAGCUGGAGUACCUGUCGACAGAAAAGGACGGCCUCUGCCCAGCGAUAGAAAUGGUUCUAUCAUUUAUCCAGCCAGAGGAAUCAGUAUUGAACCCCUUCCAACAGAUUCUAAUGGAAAACCGGUAUAUCCAGUAAUUGGACUUGACGGAAGAUUAUUACCGACAAAUAAAGACGCUAGAGUGAUUGAUGAGGAUGGUAGGCCUCUGCCAACAAAUGCUGCUGGCGUUCCGGUCAAUGAACAAGGCGAACCACUUCCAUUCGAUCAAAAUGGUUACAUUAGAUAUCCGGCAGUAGAAAGACAGGGAAAAUCUGCAUACAUCAUUAUCGGGACAGAUGGAGAACCAUUACCAAGAAAUGGAGAUGGAUUAGUCAUUGGUCCAGAUAAUAAGCCAGUGCCAACUGACGCUUCUGGAUACCCAGUGGAUCAUCGUGGAAGACCUUUACCUCAAGACAGAAGUGGUAAUAUCAUUUAUCCUGCCAAUGGUAUAGAUGCUGAACCGAUGCCAACUGACCGAAAUGGUAGACCAAUGUACUUGGUUAUAGGACCGGAUGGCCAAUUGCUUCCGAAAGAUAGUAAUGACGUUGUAAUUGAUAUUGACGGACGACCCAUUCCGACGAAUGCUGCAGGAGUUCCAUUGGACCACUAUGGGAAACCACUAUCCGUUGAUCGGAAUGGUUAUGUUUUCUACCCGAAAGAAAGUUACGAAUCUGUUAGAGCCGAUGUACCGGUAUACGCUAUUUUAGGACCUGAUGGAGUUCUAUUAAAGCAGAAUGCUGAUGGCGCAAUUGUGGAUCCAUAUGGUAGGCCAAUUCCAACAGAUUCCAAUGGAUACCCCAUUGAUAAUUAUGGAAAACCUCUACUGCGAGACAACAUGGGUAAUUUUAUAUAUCCAGCAGGAGAUUUGAACGUAGGAUCUGCACCAACUGAUGCAAGUAAACGACCACAAUACUUCGUAAUCGGUCCGAAUGGUGAAGUACUACCAAGAGGUUAUAGUGGAGAGAUACUAGAUCCGUAUGGCACACCAAUCCCUACAAAUGCUAUUGGUAUUCCAGUAAACAAUCAAGGAGAACCAUUGCCAAGAGAUAUACAAGGCAAUUUUAUAUAUCCGGCAACUGGUUUGGAUGUCAAAUUAUUGCCUACAGACAGAUCUGGAAAAAUUGUCUAUCCUAUUGUCGAUUCUCAUGGUGAACCUUUGCCUACUAAUGAAAAUGGAGCACUCGUUGAUAAUGAUGGAUCCCCAAUACCAACCAAUAGGUUUGGCUUACCUGUUGAUGAACAUGGGAAUUUUCUGCCUAAAGAUAUCAAAGGAAAUUUCAUUUUUGGUACUCCGAUAAAGCCUACUGAUCACAGCGGAUUACCAGUAUAUCCGGUUAUCGGUCCAGACGGAAAAUUGUUGCCUCAGGAUAAGGAUGGUAAUGUUGUUGAUCCUGCCGGACGUCCGAUUCCUACCAACGAUGAUGGUGUCCCAGUGGAUAAUAAAGGACAGCCUUUGCCAAGUGAUAAAACUGGAGUUGUUAUAUUUCCUGCAAAUGGUUUGGAUGCUGAACCUAUGCCUACAGACAAAAGUGGAAAACCAGUUUAUUCAGUUAUUGGACCUGAUGGUCAUCCGUUACCGAUAACUGCUGAUCACAAAAUUAUUGGUCCUGAUGGAAAUAUUGUGCCUGUGAAUGCUGCUGGUGUACCAACCAAUCAUCGUGGUGAACCAUUGCCAAGAGAUAGACAAGGCAAUUUUAUAUAUCCGGCAACUGGUUUGGAUGUCAAAUUAUUGCCUACAGACAGAUCUGGAAAAAUUGUCUAUCCUAUUGUCGAUUCUCAUGGUGAACCUUUGCCUACUAAUGAAAAUGGAGCACUCGUUGAUAAUGAUGGAUCCCCAAUACCAACCAAUAGGUUUGGCUUACCUGUUGAUGAACAUGGGAAUUUUCUGCCUAAAGAUAUCAAAGGAAAUUUCAUUUUUGGUACUCCGAUAAAGCCUACUGAUCACAGCGGAUUACCAGUAUAUCCGGUUAUCGGUCCAGACGGAAAAUUGUUGCCUCAGGAUAAGGAUGGUAAUGUUGUUGAUCCUGCCGGACGUCCGAUUCCUACCAACGAUGAUGGUGUCCCAGUGGAUAAUAAAGGACAGCCUUUGCCAAGUGAUAAAACUGGAGUUGUUAUAUUUCCUGCAAAUGGUUUGGAUGCUGAACCUAUGCCUACAGACAAAAGUGGAAAACCAGUUUAUUCAGUUAUUGGACCUGAUGGUCAUCCGUUACCGAUAACUGCUGAUCACAAAAUUAUUGGUCCUGAUGGAAAUAUUGUGCCUGUGAAUGCUGCUGGUGUACCAACCAAUCAUCGUGGUGAACCAUUGCCAAGAGAUAGACAGGGCAAUUUUAUAUAUCCGGCAACUGGUUUGGAUGUCAAAUUAUUGCCUACAGACAGAUCUGGAAAAAUUGUCUAUCCUAUUGUCGAUUCUCAUGGUGAACCUUUGCCUACUAAUGAAAAUGGAGCACUCGUUGAUAAUGAUGGAUCCCCAAUACCAACCAAUAGGUUUGGCUUACCUGUUGAUGAACAUGGGAAUUUUCUGCCUAAAGAUAUCAAAGGAAAUUUCAUUUUUGGUACUCCGAUAAAGCCUACUGAUCACAGCGGAUUACCAGUAUAUCCGGUUAUCGGUCCAGACGGAAAAUUGUUGCCUCAGGAUAAGGAUGGUAAUGUUGUUGAUCCUGCCGGACGUCCGAUUCCUACCAACGAUGAUGGUGUCCCAGUGGAUAAUAAAGGACAGCCUUUGCCAAGUGAUAAAACUGGAGUUGUUAUAUUUCCUGCAAAUGGUUUGGAUGCUGAACCUAUGCCUACAGACAAAAGUGGAAAACCAGUUUAUUCAGUUAUUGGACCUGAUGGUCAUCCGUUACCGAUAACUGCUGAUCACAAAAUUAUUGGUCCUGAUGGAAAUAUUGUGCCUGUGAAUGCUGCUGGUGUACCAACCAAUCAUCGUGGUGAACCAUUGCCAAGAGAUAGACAGGGCAAUUUUAUAUAUCCGGCAACUGGUUUGGAUGUCAAAUUAUUGCCUACAGACAGAUCUGGAAAAAUUGUCUAUCCUAUUGUCGAUUCUCAUGGUGAACCUUUGCCUACUAAUGAAAAUGGAGCAUUCGUUAAUAAUGAUGGAUCUCCGAUACCAACUAAUAGAUUUGGCUUACCUGUUGAUGAACAUGGGAAAUCUUUGCCGAAAGAUGUCAAAGGAAAUUUCAUUUUUGGUACUCCGAUAGAGCCUACUGAUCAUAGAGGAUUACUAUAUCCGAUUAUUGGACCCAGUGGUGAAUUACUACCGACCGAGGAAUCAGGCAAUGUGAUUGGGCCUGAUGGACAUGCAAUUUCUGUCGACAAUGAGGGUAGACCGAUCAACAAUCGUGGUGAAACGCUACCUUCUGAUCGUUUUGGAAAUUUUAUAUAUCCGUUGGGAGGUCUCGAUGCCGAAUUGCUUCCCACCGAUAGUAAUGGACUACCUAUUUAUCGAGUGAUAGACUCUGAUGGACAAAUGUUACCUACAAAUGACAGAGGAUUAUCGAUCAAUGGUCAAGGGAAAUCUUUACCCACCAAUGCGGCAGGAGUUCCAGUUGACGAUCAUGGAAAACCAUUGCCUAUUGAUUCUAACGGCAAUUUAAUAUAUAGGAAAGAUGCCCAGAAGUCCUUGUCUACUGACCAAGGGAUCUAUCCUGUAAUUGGACCUGAUGAAGAGCUGUUACCAGCUGACAAAAUUGGUGUUGUUGACGGUCAACCGAGUCCAGCAGAUGAAAGCCCAGUACCAGUUUAUCCGGUGAUUGGUCCUAACGGAGAAUUAUUGCCAACUGCGGAGGGUGGUCUGGUCAUCGGUUUAGAUGGUAGCCCGCUAUCAACAAAUGCUGCUGGAAAACCUGUUGGACCAGAUGCAUCAUUGCUGCCUACUGAUGAAGUAGGUCGAGUCAUACAUCUGCCUCCUGAGGAACCGUUGUCGACAUUUGCAACCAAUGAGUAUGGUCAUAUCGUUCAUCCGGUUGUAGAUAUGGCUGGUAAACCUUUGGAUAAAGAUGAUACUGGCGCGCACAUAACCAAAAAUGGUAUCCCAGUAGAACUAAAUGAGAAUUAUCUUCCCGUUGACCCCGAUGGCAAUAUUCUACCAACAGAUUCGCAAGGAAAUUACAUUUUUCCUGAUCUGGAUAUUAUGGGAAGAAUACUGCCUACGGAUAAGACCAGUCAAACAUUAUAUCCACUAACUGGUCGAAAUGGACAGCUUCUUGAUACAGAUUCAAAUGGUGCUACUUCUCGACCGGAUGGUGAGCUCGGAAAACCGGUAAGACCAGAUGGCAAACCUCUUCCAACAGAUGAAGAAGGACUCUUUAUCCAUACUGAAGUUAUUGGAACUCAUCCUACGAAAAAGGUUGUUAAUAUCGAAGGUAGACCAUUACCUACUGACGAACUUGGUCGCUAUCUGCUAGCACCGAACUUCCCUGUUCGACAGGACGAUUCUGGCAGAUUGAUCGGACCAGAUGGUCAGCCACUUCCCACUGACGAUUCUGGUAACUAUGUCUAUCGAGAGAAAAUGAAAUACCCGAGUGAUGCAGAAGAUGAUUUCGGGCAUCCAUUACCAACCAAUGAGGACGGUUUUUAUGUGCGAAGGAAUGAUUCAAUGAUUACAACAGAAUCAGUAGGUCUAAUGAUGGAUGGACAAGGUGUAAUAUUGCCUACUGACGAACGUGGCAUCUUAAUUGUUCCAGAACUUCCGACACAAACAAAAUCAUACCAGGUUUUAGAUGAACAAAAUCAAAUACUACCAACUGAUGAGGCUGGUAAUUUCUUAUAUCAUAAUGGAUAUCCGAUUGCUGAAAAUGAAGAAGGAAAACCAAUAUCUCCAGAUGGAAUAGUAUUACCUACCACUGACACAGGUUAUUACGUUUUUGCUACUACACGACAAAAACCAAUGAUACCGUCACAAAAAGGUACCGAUCAUUAUCCCCUACCAACUGACCAAUUUGGAAUGUCAAUGAUGACAUCCAGUAGCGUGCAAGGUAUUUAUGGAAUGGACGGCGAAUUGUUACCAAUUGACCGUCAACUAAUUAAUGAAGAAGGAGAAGAGGCGCGGCUAGGUGAAAAGGUCCGAUUUUCAGAGCCAGCUGAAGGGAUUCUUUCAACAGAUGAAUAUGGUAAAUAUAUUUAUCCGGCAUUAAAACCAAAUGGAAAGCUAUAUCCAACAGACCGAGGAUAUCGUCCAGUUUAUCCGGUUAUUGGAUAUGAUGGCGAACUUUUGCCGACAAACGACGAAGGAUUAGCACUUAAUUUUGAAGGACAUCCAAUCCCGACUAAUAAUAUUGGACGACCGUUGGAUGAAGACGGUAUAAUGUUGCCAAUGGAUUCUAAAGGAAAUGUUGUUUAUGACACUGGCAAAAAAAAUUGUGAUACGCAUAGGGGCAUUAUGGAUAUUACGGUAGUAAUUAACGUGGAAAUCCUGGAUCGUGAUAGUUUCGAUCAUGUCAAGAAAGUGAUUCAGAAUUUAGUGAUUGAACACUUCGAUCUUUCGCCGGAUGUAACACAGUUUGCGUUAGUCAAAUACGCUGGAACUGCUGAGGUACCAAUUACUUUGGGUGGUUAUAACGAAAAAAUGGAACUACUGGAAGAGUUAAGUCGAGUCAAAAUUGAUCAUAUCAAAGAGCAUCCCAGACUGAUUGUGGGAGUGAGUGCUGCCAAACAACAGUUCGUAUCGUUUGGUCGCGAAGAUGCUGGUAAGCUGAUGAUAGUGAUAACUAAUGGACAAGACAUAUAUUCGGAGGAUCGCUUUAAAGACAACAUUAUUCCAAUGCUUGUUGUUGGCAGUAAAGAAUUUGAAGAAGAAAUUAAAGACUGGACUAAAUCAUACAUUUUGGUAGAUUCUUGGAAACAACUGCAUGCUGAUUCUAUUGCUAACAUGAUCGAAAAGGAAUGCUUGCUCGGAAGAAUUUUCAUUCCAACAAAAAAAGUAUCCUCAAGAUCAAAAUCUGAGAGAUUCGAAGAUUUUACUGGUUCAUCACUUACAACUGAUGAAUUCGGUCGUAUUGUGGUACUACCAACAAGUGAACGAGUGAUCCUAUCUACCGAUGAAUAUGGUCACGUCGCAUAUUCUGUAAAGGAUACUUCUGGUAGACUUCUUCCCAUAAAUGGAAAUGGUUUAGUGAUGGAUAGAGAGCUAGUCGAAUCCGAUUAUAGUAAAUCAAUUGCUUCAAAUAGAAGGCAAUUGCCAACAGAUGAAUCUGAAGCAUUUAUUUAUUCCGCUGGUGGCAAAGACAAAGCUUUAUCUCCUGAUAGCAAAAAAGGAUGGAAUACAAGUAUUGAUGAGAAACCACUGUCUACUAAUCAAGAUGGUUUAUCUUUGGACAUCAAUGGGCAGUCGAUAGUCACGAAUUUAGCUGGAAAAUACAGUAGCCAAGGAUCGCCGUAUUCAUUUAACGGCAAUGACAACAUCAUCAUGUCAAAAAGGACAGAAAAAAUAACAGAUGCAACUGAUUAUCCAGUUAUCGAUCCGGAUAAUAUCUUAUUGUCGAGGGAUCCCUCAGAUUUUUACAUAAACAAUAUUGAGCGGGUAGUUGAACGUGAUGAUAGUGGGAAACUUCUUGGGUCUGUUGAGAAAAUGAUGCCUAGUGAUGCAGGAGGAUUCACUUACAGAAAACAUAGUCAGGGUGGUAAACUUCCACGCAGUGAUUCAAAUAUUUCAACCGCCAAAAACGAUGGUUUUAUUGUUGAUACCAGUUUCCACAAAAGACUACCUUACACUCUAAGUAAUAAUAAAGUGUCAGAUGAACACAAUCAAGUCUCUUUCGAAGAACCAGAGGCUAUUGCUGAAACUAGAAAUUUUAUCAAUAAUCAAAAUAGUCCGUUACCAAUCGAAGUAGAUCAGGCCGGGAAGCCAGUUGUUAAAGUAGAACCUUUUCCUACUAAUAAAUAUGGCGAUUCAAUAUAUGCAGGUGGUAGUAUGGUAUCUACAAGUGCUUCGGAACAAGCCAUUGGUCCAGACGAUUCCUUGAUGUCAGUUGAUUAUCGUGGACGCGACGUAUCUGAUUACAUACCAGAUAGAACUGGUUUAGGGGAAACGAAACUUUUGGCAAAAGUCUCAACAUGUAAUAAAGUUGAAAAAUCUGUAAACAUCAUUUUUAUGGUGGAAUCUUCAAAUGCUACAGGGACCAAUCUCAAUAAAAUUAAAUUUUCAUUGUUAAAUUUUAUUAAAAAGAAUAUUAAUUGGAACAUUGCUAAAGUCGGUAUAGUUUCUUACGGAAGUACAAUGAACGUUAAUCUGAAUGUUGGAAAUUAUCAAAGCUAUGAUGAUUUGAAAAAAUCCAUUCUUAGUUUGUCACUUAUUGGUGGUUCAUCAUCUGGUGAUGAACAUGCAUUCAGAACUGCUCUUCAGCUCUUCCGUGAAAAAUAUAACAAUGAUAGUGGAGAACUAAUCAUGCAUGUCUUUAAGACUCCACUCAGUAAAGAUGCUCAAAUAAUUGCUGAUCAUUUGAAAAUGAAUGAAACUAUUUCAAUCUUAUCACUUGGAUCAGAUCAAUGGUACCGAUUGGAGAAUGACAAAGAAAUCAAGAAAUUACGAAGCAAUAUGUGUUUACUGUUAAUGAAAAGUCAUCUCGCACGAACCAGGAAGCCUAGUGAUUCGGAUGGUGGAACAGUUCGCUCUGAUCGAUUUGGAAGACCAUUGGAUACCUAUGCAUUAUCCUUGCCAACUGAUGAACGAGAAGGCGUGAAAGUUUUGCCAACCAACGAAAGAGGCCAGUAUGCGAAACAGAUAACAGUAAAUGAGGAUAAAACAAUUGCCCCAGAUGGUAAAAUCAUAUCAGCAGAUGGAGGAAAGCAGCAUAUUUAUCAGACGUUUGCUUCUGAAAAUAGACAUCGAUCAACCAAUAGUCAUAGAAAGCUUAUUUACCAAAUAUUUGGUGAUGACAGAAGGAUUCUUCCAACAGAUCAAACUGGUGCACGUUUCAAAGUGGAUGGUAAAUCAGGAGUAACUAAUUUUUAUGGAGAACCACUGAAUAGCGAGCGAAGCUCAAUUUUUUCAACUGAUACGAGUGAGGGUUAUCAUAUUUCAACCAAAAAACUGACCGAAAAUAAAAGAAAUAGCAGUCUCUUGUAUCCAGCAACGGAUUCAAAUUUGAAGACUAUUGCGGACACCUUCGUAUCUGCAACUUCUGUUUCCUUGCCAUUCUUGAUCUUGUUCCCAGAUGGUCGUGCAUUAUCUAUCGGUGAAAAUGGUGCUUAUCUUGAUGACAACGGACAAAGUUUGGUUCAUAUCGAUCAAAGUGGCCAUCCUAUAAUAUCAGCUAACGGCACACCACUGCAGAAAAUUGGUAAUGGCAAAUAUCUCUAUCCAUAUGAAUCCCAAAAAGAAAAACCAACCUUUGCUAAUGUUGGUGAUGAGGAUCAUCUAUUGCGAACAGAUUCUGGUGGUCGUCAAAUACAAUUAAAUGAUAGAGAACGAUCUGGCUAUGGCAGAUCAUCUCCGGAGGAUGAACGUGGGAGCUAUGUGGAAACGACAUUAGCAUAUCAUGCGUCAACAUCUUCCGGAAUCGACACUUGGACCAGUUCAUCAUCAUAUUGUGUGGUCAGUUCAAAUGUUGACAUGUUACUUAUUCUGGAUUCAUCGAGCAGUGUAAGAGUUGUUGAUUACCGAAUUAUGAAGGAUUUUAUCAAAAAGUUUCUAACUAAUCAUUUCAACUUACAACGCAAUUAUGUUCGUGUCGGUGUAAUGAAAUACGGUGAUAAGGUUGAGAUCCCGAUAUCACUGGGUGACUACGAUAGUCAAACUGAGCUCCUGUCAAGGAUUAGUGAAACCAGGCGUAUGCGUGGUAAUGCUAAUCUUGGUCAGGCUUUACUCGACGCUUCUGGAGAAUUUCUAAUUUUCGGUUCCAAGGAUAUUCCUCGCAUCAUCAUUAUAUUUUCAAACGGGCGGUCUAGAGGUGAAUUAAAAGAAAAUGCUCUUCUAUUACGGAAUGAUACAAAAGUUCAUAUAUUCUUAGUGGAUGUUGGGAAUCAGGGUGACAAGGCACAAAAUCUAGCCAUUGUUGGUGAAUCCAAUCCACAUCGGAUUAUUGCUAUUGAUGGAUGGCAUGCAAUGCGUCCAGACAUUCUGAAUCCUUUUGUGAAUGAAUUAUGCAAGCUACUGCCACAAAAGCAAGAUAAAGCAAGUAGAGAUAGUACUUGGCCAACAAGACAAACUGAAAUGCGAAUUGCAACUCCUAUACGUAUUUGCAAUCGGGUUGAUUUUCAGGCAGAUAUAAUAUUUGUCCUGGAUUCCUCCGACAAUGUUACAUCAAAAGAAUACGUUAACUUGAAAGAAGAUAUAAGUAUGUUGAUUGACGACAUAUUCGAUUUAUCACCAGAUAUUGUUCGCAUUGGCUUCAUCGAAUAUAGUGAUAAGGCGUCAGUUCCCGUACCACUUGGUUAUUAUGAUAAUAAAGUGCAACUUUUGGCAGAUAUAUCAAAUAGUGAACAGCUUGGUGGUACACCAGUCAUUGUAAGAGGUCUUCACGCUGCUAAAGAACAGUUCAAGCGACAUGGCCGGAAUGGUGUUUCAAGAAUUUUACUUUUGGUAACGAGUGGUGCUAAUCGUGGUAAUGUAGCCACCGCAGCAGACGAUCUUCGUAAGCGUCUGAAAGUUAGUGUCUUUGCGCUGGUCGUAAAUACAUCUCGGGGAGCCCAAAUGAUGCUGAAUCGUUUGACGGGGGAUGAACACACUCAACGACGAGUAAUAUCAAUUUCUAGCGCAAGUAAAUUACAAGAACGAGAGUUGCUACAUAUUGGACAAGUACUCUGCGGUGAUAGUGAUGUAAUCCCUGCUACCAUUUGGCCAGCGCAGGAGACUCCACAUCGAACUACAAAACGUGAUGUUUCUUACGGUGAUUCAAAGCGCAAGAAAGAUAAAAUAUCUCGUUCGUCACUGCUGUAUUGGAAAACAACAACCGCAACCGAACAUGUUGCUCCCAAACCACUUUGUAAGGAUGGUUUGUUACGCCCAUAUCAAAUUUCAAUCGUGGUUGACAACACCGCCAGAUCGCCUGAGAAAGAUUUCCGCCUAGUAUUGAAUCAUAUUGUUAGCUUUCUGAAAAUGCGGUUUUCACCAGAAAGCAAACUUGUGCAAUUAAAUUUGGUAGGCGUUGGUAGUGAUGGCACCAAUUUAAAGGCAGCAGAUUUUGGCGUUGAUGUGGCGGAUAAAAUUUUCGCCAAACUGAUACAAAAGAAAAGUGAUGAAAUUUCUCCCAAACUUGGUCGAGGUCUUGAUGAAGCAAUGUUGUUAGCCAAGGAGCACGCUGUGAAAGGAGUCAUUCAGAUAAUUCUGAUCAUUAGUGCUGAUGGGACAAGCAGUGAUGACGCAAUACAAUCAGCACAAAAUGCAAGAGAACAGUAUGUAGAUGGCAUUGUUGCAAUCUCGAUAAGGGCUCCGUCUAGCGAACUCUUGAAGGAAUUAUCAUUGGGAAGUUCUACCAAAGUGAUUCACUUCCCAGAUUGGUCGAUUGGAAAUGAGUUAUUCCAAAGCUGGAUCUCUCAUGCUUUUUGCAGUUAUGUUUCUACAUCAAUAACAAGGAAGAUUAAAUUAACACGCAUGACUCGACCACCAAUUCGAAAGACAUCAAAAAUAUCAAUGAAUGAUGCGACCAACGUUGAAGUAACACCUUUAAGUCCAAAUUCUCUACUGGUCUCAUGGACUUGUUGUACAAAUAACAAAGCAGAUUACAUCAUUUCGUAUACUUCGGAUUUAUCAUUGCCGAAAGAAUAUUGGCACAAAUUGAAUGCAACCUGUCGCGACAGCUUUGGAAGAAAAAUUGAUGGCUUACCAUCCGGCACUUAUUCUGUUUGUGUUGAGACAUUACAGCGGUACAUCAACAAAUCUGUUCCUUUUAAUACGGACGAAUGUGAAACUAUAAAAAUCGACAGUGAUACUACUGCGCCACCGGACCAAAAGUUACCGAAUAGCCAGUCGACAGUACAGUGUCAAUGUAUUUGUGCAAAUAAUGGAAAAGCCUUUGUAAAACCGACAUGUGGAACACUAAUGGAUCCGUUCCGUCCAGUGGCUACCCUUCCACCGGCUAUAGAUGGUGAAUGUCACUGUAGUAUACCCUCGAAAGGCGGACGAUGUCCUAGUGGAUACUUCUUUGAUCGUGGGCAGUGCUAUGACGUAGAUGAAUGUGAACAACAAAAUGGCGGCUGUUCGCAUGGCUGCGUGAACACUCCUGGGGACUUUUACUGUGCAUGUCCACAUGGCAUGAUGCGUGACCCAGCAGAUCUAAAAAUGUGUAUCAGUGUUGCGAGUAGUUUCGACCGGAUCGCAGCGUUGUUCGGUCAGUAUCUUCACGCAAACCAAUAUAAUGCAAAUGCUACCAGUAAUGAAAAAAGUGAUGCACAAACUGAUGGAAAAGUAGUGAGAUAUAAGGCAACAGUGAAAUCAGAAGAUGACAAAACGAUCUCAUUUGAAUGGUCAUUGAUGCCAGCAGUUGUACGAAAGGCCUUCAAAUGGCUAUUUUGA